CUCAAACCGGACAGAAGAGAUCUGGAUCUGGAGCAGCUCCAACARGAGAACCUGCUGCAGACGCUUCCUGUAGCUCCUCCAACAUCCAGACACCGCUGGUCCUCACAGCCAGGUGUCCCCCCACCUGUACCUGACGAGGACCUCGACGUCUUCGUCCUGGAUCUGAGGAACGUCCCGGAGCUGGCGAAUGCCGACGUGGGCUCCCAGAACCCCAACAUCCAGGUGACCAUCGAGGUUCUGGAGGACUCGCAGACRGAGACGGAGGUGGAGAUGGACCUCGUCACGGAGAGCCAGAGGAACGACUGGUCGCUCUCAUCCUACGAGUGGAUCAGCAGCCACAAGAAGCUGUUCUGGCCGCUGUUCUGGGAGUACCCGGAUCAGGCGGAGAACGGGCUGGGAGGAGGCCGGCCUGAGGACUACAGCUAUGAUCCGGAGGAACCGGUCCUGAGCGGAGUGGGGGGCGAGUGGGGACGACGCUGGGACAAAGAGUGGAGGACGGAGGACAACUUUGACUCUGUGAUAACAGUCACUGACUUGAUGCCUCUGCAGACCAACAGCACAGACUCUGAUGGUUCUGAUCCAGAUGUGGACAGCUGUGAGAAGUGGUUGAGCUGCAGGAAUGAGUUCCUGCAGAGGUACCUGCACCAGGUGCUCACCGAGCUGCCCAGCUGCCCCUGCUCCUACCCCUCCGAGGUCGUCUACGGCACCGUCGACCUCCAGGACGCCGGGCUCGGCAAGACGUACCGCUGGAGGGACGCCAGCGGCGCCAAGGAGMGGCUGGACAUCUACAAGCCCUCGGCCCGGUUCUGCAUCCGCUCCAUGCUGUCCUACGACAGCACCAUGCUGGCGGAGCAGCACUGCUGCUACGACGGCCGCAUGAGACUGAUCACGCGGGGCAAAGGGGCGGGAGCGCCGGACCUGAUCAGCACCGAGUUCUCCCCCGAGCUGCACUACAAGGUGGACGUCCUGCCCUGGAUCCUGUGCAAAGGGGACUGGAGCCGGUUCCACUCAGUCAGACCCCCCAACAACGGGCUGCAGUGCCCAGAAAACCCCCCAGAGCCCGAGUUCCAGCUGGAGCUCAGAGAGGCUCGGGAGUACUGACGAGUUCUGUGAGUACUGAGUACUGACGAGUUCUGUGAGUACUGACGAGUUCUGUGAGUACUGAGUACUGACGAGUUCUGUGAGUACUGACGAGUUCUGUGAGUACUGACGAGUUCUGUGAGUACUGAUGAGUUCUGUGACGAGUUCUGUGAGUACUGACGAGUUCUGGGAGUACUGAUGAGUUCUGUGACGAGUUCUGUGAGUACUGACAAGUACUGGGAGUACUGACAUGUUCUGUGAGUAUUGAUGAGUACUGAUGAGUACUGAUGAGUACUGUCAGGACCUGGGACGGUUUGAUGACAUCACUCAUGAACCGGAACAUUUCAGACUUUGUGAAGUUUUGUUUUGAUUCUGAGCAGAAAAAAAACUUUAUUUUCUGUUUUCAGCUGAUUUAUGUCUUUAAACGUCUGGAUCAUCUGAACUGCUCGUGUGUGUGUGUGUGUGUGUGUGUGUGUGUGUGUGUGUGUGUGUGUGUGUGUGU